UUUGUAUGCGUUUCAAGAACGAUUUAGUUAAGACUUAAUAAUCACAGUAAUAUUCAAUAAUUCAGUAGCAAUUCGAGAAUAUUGGAAUGCUUCCUUUCUGCUAAUUGGGUAUAUGUCUAACCGUGAUCCACUUGUGACCAAUAUUGCGGACUUAGUUUCAGAUUCCUCGUUUGACGAAGAGUCACUCUCGUUCCUUGAGGAUUCAGAGGAUCAGGACCUAUCAUUAAAAAAUGACACAUUCUCGUCAAAAAGUGCACAUUCUGAUGGGACAGUCAUCAGCGAUAAUUUGCGUAGAAGGUCCAGUGAUGCGAACACAGCAGAAAAAACCUUUCAGGCUCGUAUAAAAGAGCCAGAACUGUUUAACUUAACUUCAUACGGAACAGCUCCUAAUAGAGAGGUGAAGUCUCCUGCUUUCCAACCGAUUCGUUCUCAUGAGCACAUAGUUACCCCUAUGCCAGCUCAGAACUCGAUGCGCAUGCAAUCUAUGGAGCCACAAGAAAAUGAGUCUAUGUCAAAAACACAUAACAAGACUCCUGGGUCACUGUCGGUCUCUCGUUGGCGUCGAAUUGGCCGGAUAGGUCUGGGUCCACCAAAACGAGCUGAAUAUACGUUAUCCUCAGAUGUCAAGGUUCCAUCAGAAUUGAAACCUAUGAACCAUGCCAUCGACGAUGAUAAUGAUAACGAUGUUGAAAUGAAAUCUUCUGAAAACUCAACUACAUCUCCAUUUGUGCUUCCUACUCAAGCGUCCAAUUUCCCAUCUGAUAUCCAAGCAGGUUCAUUGCCUAAUGCACAUGAUGUUCCUAUGCGUGCUACGGUUAAUCCUGCCCAAUUUGAAGAAUCGUUAUUUGUAAAGCCGCAUUUGAAAGAACUUGCUUCCGAUAAAAGUUCAGCAAUGAAGGCACCUUCUGUACCUUUGCAGCAUCGUUUUGAUCAGCAAGAACAAUUACAUGGGCCACCUCCGAAAAUGAACUCUUUGGUGGAUCCUUCUCACAACAAUGGCAUACCCAAGUUUCUUCAGGAUGUAGCAACGGUUGCUAACCUACCGUUUAUCAAAUUAGGGAUUGUGGGUAAAGGUGGCAGCAGUACAGUGUUUCGAAUUUAUUCACCUGAGAAUGGUCGAUUGUAUGCUCUCAAAGAAGUUAGUUUUUUACAAGCUGAUUAUUCGACGAUUCAGGGCUAUAAAAACGAGAUUGCUCUUUUAAGAAAAUUAUCGGGGAACGAUCGUAUUGUAAAAUUAUAUGCUGCCGAAGCAAACAAUUCAAUUGGGCAAUUAAAUAUGGUAAUGGAAUAUGGGGAGACUGACUUGGCAAAACUCCUAAAUAAAUAUGCAACUAAACCAAUUAACCUCAACUUUAUACGAAUGUAUUGGGAGCAAAUGUUGCAAGCAGUUCAAAUCGUCCAUGAGCAAAACAUUGUUCAUUCAGAUCUAAAACCUGCUAACUUUCUUUUGGUAGAAGGAAGUCUUAAGCUUAUCGAUUUUGGCAUUGCAAAAGCGAUUGGGAAUGAUACUACCAAUAUUCAUCGAGACUCGCAUGUGGGAACUAUCAAUUACAUGGCACCAGAAGCAUUGACUGAUAUGAAUGCAAAUACAAACUUAGGCGUGAAGCUAGUUAAGCUAGGAAGGCCGAGUGAUGUUUGGAGUUUAGGCUGUAUUCUAUACCAAAUGGUUUAUGGAAGAGCACCUUUUGCUCAUUUGAAGAUGAUACAAGCAAUAGCUGCAAUUCCUGAUGAGCGGCAUCAAAUACAAUUUCCUGAAAUUGCCGUUCCUCCUUCCGCAAACUUUGAACCGUCCCCUAAUGUGCAUGCACAUGGUGUGGUCGUUGGACCCGACUUAAUGGAUGUUAUGAAACGAUGUCUGCAACGAGACCAGAAAAAAAGGCUAACUAUUCCGGAGCUAUUAAUGCAUCCCUUUUUAAACCCCGUCCCUUCUUUCCCUUCACAUAACCCUCAACGGAAUUCCCUUUCCUCGCCAGAUUCCAAUACUCACUCGAAGCUAAUGACAGCAAUGUCGGCCUCUCAGUUGUCCAUGAUUAUUGAAAGGUCUAUAGAACUCAGUAAACGAAAGUCUUUACCCAAGGAACUUAUUGACAGCAUGGCGUACGAUUGUAUAAGUAACUUGCAAAAGAUGCCUCGCUAGAAGAAUGACAAAACUAUGUAUCUAUUUAUGAAAGGUUUCGGCUCACUAUCUUUAAAUUUCGUUGAACGUGAUUUAAUUAAGGCUUUUUUUUGAGAUUUAAUGAACGAUUUAGCAUACAUUUCUUUCUUUUCUUAAUGAAUUUUCCCCUUUUAAACAGAGAAAAUACAUAUAUAUUUUUCGUUAACCGUUGUUUCAGUAAUUUGAAAAGCUACUUGGCAAAGUUGGUUUCCUUGACUAUGUUUUCGCUUUUGAAGAAAAAAAAAAAAAAGUAUACAAAUCAUCAAUAUGACUAAAAUACAACCGUCCUGUCGAUUUCCUUUCAGACCGCUAUUUUAACAUUGUAAGUAGCUAAGUAUCUUUGCG